AUGGAGCCCGCUACGACAGCGCAUGGCAAGCGACAGGACUGUGGCACAUUAACGCGUCAGGACUUCAAUGGCGGACCCGUUAGCAUAGAUGAAAUCGAAACGGGUCUCUUUCUGGGCAAUUUGACGGCAGCUACGCACAUGGAGACGCUCAAAUCCUUUAAGAUAACACACAUAUUGACGCUGGACUCGGUGCCACUGCCGCAGCAUAUUGUGGAGGCGAGCUUCCUAACAACCAAAUACGUGCAGAUCUCUGACAUGCCUCGCGAAGAUAUCUUGCAACAUCUGGAGGCUUGCGUGGAGUUCAUAUCCCAAGCCUUGGAGCAGCAGCAGAACGUGCUCGUCCACUGCUACUUUGGCGUCAGUCGCAGCUCGUCUGCUGUGAUUGCCUACAUAAUGAAACGGCAUGGGCUGGACUAUCAGGCAGCGUAUGAGCUGGUCUUGGCCAAGCGUCGCUUUGUCCAACCCAAUGCGGGCUUUGUUGCCCAGCUGAAGCUCUUCCGUCGCAUGGGCUAUAAAAUAGAUCCCAACUAUCAGCGCUACAAGAUGCAUCGAUUGCGUCUCGCUGGUGAGCAAAUGCGCAAGGCUAAGAUCUUGCCACAGAGCUUCCAUAGUGUGGUGCGUCCCGAUCCGGAUAUCACACGAGAGAAUCCCGAACCAAUUGUCUUUCGUUGUCGUCGCUGUCGACGUGUGCUCGCCUCCAAGUCGCAUGUGCUGGAGCAUCGGCCUCGUGGCACGCCACAGCAUCAAGAACAGGAGCAGGAACCGGAGCAAGAGCAAGGCCAACAGCCGCAGCAACAAAAACAGCUUGCCGGAGCCACGGGAUCAGGCUCGGAGCCACGUCUGCUCGACCAGCUGGCGGAGCGCAUACGCAAAGCUUCGCUCGGAUCGCCCAGUCACGAGAAUCUCGUCACUGCCGCUGCUGCCGCCGCCGCUGUCUCUGGGUCCGGCAACAACAAUUGCCGCAGUUUAUUAUUUGUGGAGCCCAUCGCCUGGAUGCAUCGCAUCAUGCUCAACACCCAGGGCCGGCUCUACUGCCCCAAGUGCGAGCAGAAGAUUGGCAACUUUAGCUGGGUGAAUGCCUGCCAGUGUCCGUGCGGCGAGACGAUGACGCCCGCAUUUUAUUUAAUACCUUCCAAGGUGGAGCUCUCCAAGGCCGUGCAGAACGUGCAGACAACGGUCUAAAAUUUGUCUAUAUAUACAUGUAUAUAUUUCUUGAUAUAUAUGUAUAUAUAUAACUA